CUAAAAGGAUAUUGUAGAACUGGGAAAGGUGCAGAAGAGGACAUCCAGGAUGGUCAGGGGCCUACAGCACUUUUCUUAUGAGGACACUCUGGAGCUGAGUUUUCUGGUAGAUGGAAUGCUCUUCAGAGUGAAAAUAUAGAGCACCACGGUGAGAGGGAGGCCUCAUGGCCCGAGAGAGAAGUUAAAAGGCACAGAAAAUAUCUAAGAAACUGCAGCCUGGGCAGAUUACACAGGAGGUCGUGUGGAAAGAAGACAGCCAUUUCACAGGAUGUGGGCCUUUGGAGGCCUUCUCCUGAUGUCAGCUCUGUUCACUGGGAGGCUGGUUGCUGAACGCUGUCCACGAAUCUGCAUCUGUGAUAGCAUCAAGUAUCAAGUCAUGUGCUCUAAGAAGAACCUGACUGAGGUGCCCCUUAACAUCCCUCAGGUCACCCAAAAACUGGACCUUCGGGGCAAUGAAAUCAAAGUAAUCUCUGUGGGAGCUUUCCUCCCUAUUCCGUACCUCACCCACCUGAACCUUCAGAGAUGCAAGAUUGAAAGUCUUGAAGAAGGGGCUUUCAGGGGAUUAGGGCGGCUAGUCUACCUCAACUUGGCUUAUAACAAUAUAGCCUUCAUCUAUCAGGAGUCCUUAGAUGGCCUGUCCUCUCUUCAGCAACUUCACCUAGAAAAUAAUCGCAUUGAAGAGAUAAAGCCAGGAGCUUUUGGACAACUGGGCUUCCUUGGCUUUCUUAACUUGGCCAGAAACUCCCUGGUUUACUUGCCAGAUAUGGUGUUCCAGGGACUUCAGUUGAUCAAGUGGAUCAAUUUGUCCCAUAAUUCACUCCAUGUGAUUGCCAAUGAGGCCUUUGGUGGAUUGCCAACCCUUCGGAGGUUGAGCCUAGACCACAAUGAGCUUCAAUUCCUCCCCACCGAUGCACUGUCUAGACUGUCAGGUACAAACCGGCUGGACAUAGGACAUAAUCCCAUUACCUACAUUGGCGAGGAGGCCAUUGAGAUGGCCUCCCUCAAGCAGCUCUUCUUGGACAACAUGGCCCUUCAAGAUGUCUCACACAGAGCUUUCAUCAGGAGCCCCCUGCUGCAUACCGUUGACCUCCACAGCAACCAGCUGCUUGUGCUGCAGCCACUGACAGAAAUGGUCCACCUCAAAAACAUCAACUUAACAGGGAACCCUGUGCUUUGCACCUGUUACAUGCGGCCCUUUAAGGAAUGGGCUGACAAAGCAAGAAUACACACUGAUGUGAUCUGUGCUGGUCCUGUGGCCUUCAGGGGAGAGCAGUUGGAAUCCCUGAGGACUGCAGAUAUGAAGUGUGGAGGUCAUGCCUCGGAAGAGAAGCUGCUCCCCAGCCUAGCCACCAUCACCAAGGAGCCAGAGCAGGAUGCUGUUAAGUGCCCAAAGGAGUGCACCUGUUCACCUGAUUUCCAGCAUGGAAACUGUGAGAGAAAAGGCCUUCAGGGUAUUCCCAAAGGCUUUCCUAGCAACACCCAACUCCUGGAUUUACGCCACAAUGAGUUCCGUUCCAUCCCCAAAGGCUCUUUCCCCAACUUGAAAAACUUGACAUCACUCCAUCUACAAAACUGCAAGAUUGCUGUGCUGCAGCCUGGUGCUUUUCAGAACCUGAAAAAACUGGUCUAUCUUUAUCUGUCCAACAAUGACAUCUCCUCUAUAGAUGCUGAUGUUUUUGAAGGGACCACCCAGCUUGCAUAUCUCUACCUGGACCACAAUGGGUUUACCCAAAUGCCCAAGGGUGCCUUCAGCCUCUUGCCAAGCCUCUUCGCUCUUCACUUGCAGCACAACUCCAUCAGUCAGCUGUCGGAUAAUGAUCUGGUUGGUGUAGGGAAGUUACGCUGGCUCUAUCUAACAGGAAAUCGCAUUGCUCAUGUGUCCCCCAAAGCUCUUAGUCAUGCCAAGAUGCUGGAGAAACUGCACCUGGAUGAUAAUUCUUUGCAAGGGGUGCCCACAAGGGCUCUCCGAGGGUUGCCCAGCCUUAGUGAAUUGAAGUUGUCCAACAAUCCCAUAAAGUCCAUUGGGGAUGGAGCCUUCUUUCCUGUGGCAAGAUCUCUACAGCACCUGUAUCUGGAUAACAUGGGGCUAGAACAGAUUUCCUCUGGUGCGUUCACAAGCUUAGGUGCAAAGAUAAAAAGUCUGUACCUGGAGAACAACAAAAUCCACAGCUUGCCUGACUUGCGUGGCUUCACAGCUCUGGAGAUCAUCAACCUGAGUGAUAUACCGUUUUCCUGUGACUGUCAACUUCUCCCACUUCGCAAGUGGCUUGACAAGCUGAAUUUGAGAGUAGGAGCCACUUGUGGCUCCCCAGCGGAUGUACGUGGCAUGAAGGUGAAGCGUGUAGCUACCUUCCAAAGCUGCCCAGGCUGGAGUACCAAGAAGGCCAAACGAACCAGCUCAGCUAAAGCCAAGACCAAGGUGAAAGCCCAGCCUAGAAGCAGCGCCAAUAAGAGGAACUGGGCAGGAAACAUCCGAGUCAGGGGAAGCAAGAAAAGAAAAGCAUGAGAGAGAAGCACGGCUCUUGCUGUAAACGCGCUUCUAAUCUUAGCUAGUAGAAAAACAGCUUAGAGAGACAGUGGAAUGAUCUUCUUCCUGCCCACACGAUUAGGAAAGAGCUGUAUCCUGGGGCAUCCUUAAUAGAUGCUCCAAUGUCAUCCCGACACAUCCUUUUAUUGCAUGGAGUGGCAUAUUCAUCCUAAUGGCCCCUGUACACAUGCUCCAAAUAUGCUCUUUAAACAAGAGCACAUCUAGUGGGGUUACUCAGAUAAACAAUUCCCCCCACCCCCCACUGCCACACGCAUGAGAUAUGCCAGGAAGGUGUUGAAAUGUUGGUGGAGGACAUUCCAACAGGUGCACUCUCAGUGCGUCCCCUUCUUAAGAGCAUGGACAGGCAUAGUAUCAUCCAUAACGGCCCUGUGCAUUUUAAUGGUCUGUAAUAAUCCACAUUACUACAAUAUCUGCCUUCUCAAGGGAGAAAGCAGACUUGAUUGUACCAAAGCACAGGUGACAUUAAGACCUGGGAGGCGUUAGGGAAGGCAAUUAGCGGGGGAGGUAAUAUUUAGAAUUCAGAGUUCCAUAGCAAGGAUAAGUGAAGGUUAUAAGAUUUCACAAGCAAAUGUACACAUGUAUGCUUAUUUUGCAAAAUUAGUUCUGCUAAUAUGAGGAAGGAGCGCUAGAAGCCAAGAGCUGACCACGCCUCUGGCUGCUGAGAUUUUGCUAGACAUUUCCCACACACUUUCAAUCUAGUCUUUGUAUCCAUAGGUUUAAAAAUAAAAAAUUAAAUUAAAAGCAUGUUCCCUUCACUGUUGCUGAAUACUGGAAUAUAGCCCUGACUAGGAGUAUUUUGUUGGCUGAAACAAAACAAUUCAUGUUAGAGGAAAACGUUGUUUAGGAAGGAUCUUCUUCUACAUGGUAGCUUGAUCAUUAACGACCUUAUGGCUCAGCGCUAGGGAUCUGAACAUUUGUGCUGAACUGCAGCUUAGCUAAUUGUUUUGCCUCCUGCUGCUCAACAUCUUCCAUUUGCCAAGUAACCUUUUCAUGCAAUACUAUUUCAGCUGAGAAUCUUACCUGUGAGUAAAGAGCCUUCUCUCUAUGUUGAAUCCCAGCCAGCAAUGAGAGACAGUAAUGGACUGUGUUGUGAAGUCUAGCCCUUUGCAGCCAAACUGCAUUUCAAAACAAAUGCUUUUGCUUUGAAGUUGACAGAUUGUCAAUAAUAAAAAGCUUAGAGGCCGAAGGCUGCACUAACUGCUUGAAGAUGUUUCCACAAGUAACAUGGAAGGCAUCCGCCAUAGCUUCCAGCUUCUGGUCUAUCCUUGUGAGGGUCUGUCUAAAUGUCACAGCAGCCAAAUCAAAGCCACUUUAUAUAUUUUUAUUUCCCAGUCUUCCUCCAAGGAACUCAGGAUUAUGGACAUGUUUGUUUUGUAUCUUCAAAAUAAGGCUGCAUAGUAGGUUAGGCUGAGUGAGUGAUCAGCAACUGACCCAAAA